AUGGAGGCUCUAGCUGAGGAACAUAUCUUGGAUUCACUGAGCAAGCUGUAUGCUUCCAUCGAAUCGCCAGAUGACACUGUUCAGCGUUUCACCUUCUAUAACAUGCAACUUGCUUGCAUUCGCACUGCGAUCGAUCUGGCGCUGUUUGAGCGACUAACCCAAACUGAUAGCCCCCUCACGGUGGAUCAAUUGAGUGAGAGUACAGGAGCCAAUCCCGUUUUCAUGGGUCGGUUGUUGCGUUAUUUGGCUUCCUACUAUGCAGUCCAGAAGGUCGCCAAGGAUACUUUCACCGCAUCGACUAUUUCCAGAACAUUCUCCCAGCGGGGAUUCCAAGCUGCUGUUGGCCAUCUCUUUAACAAUGCCGGCCCGUCCAUCCAAGAGCUUCUAGCUUGGCUGAAGGAGAACGGAUACCCCGAUAUCCAGGACAAUGUCAAGACGCCUUUUCAGAGAGUCAUGCACACGGAACUACCGGCGUUUCUAUGGCUGCAACAACAACCGGAGAAUUUGGCAUUUUUUAACAAGCACAUGAAAGCCAACCGAUUCGGCAUGCCUACCUUUUUGGAUGUCUUCCCAACCCUUGAAAAGACCACCGGGUUAAGUGCCGACCGGGCUCUCUUUGUGGAUGUUGGGGGAGGUUUCGGCCAGCAGGUCAUUUCCUUUCGAGACAAGUAUAGCCAGCUUGAAGGCCGAGUGAUUGUUCAGGACCUGGCCCCGACCACGGCCAACGCCGUGCAGUAUCCCGGCGUGGAGUUCAUGGCCCAUGACUUUUUCACUCCGCAGCCAUGUCUGGAGAUUUUGAAGAACAUCAAAGAUGUUAUGGCCCCGGAUUCUUACAUCCUCGUGGAUGAUAUGGUUUUGCCCAACGUUGGGGUUCAUUGGCAGCAGGCACAGUUGGACAUGCUGAUGAUGGCUGCCUUGGGGGCUCGCGAGCGGACGCAGGAACAGUGGACCGAGUUGUUCCAGAGUGCCGGGUUGAAGAUCAACCAGGUGCACACUUAUACGGAAAGUUUGAAGGAUAGUAUUAUCGAGGUCAUUGCAGGAUGAUGCGGAAUCUCGGUAACAUCAGAGAUAGUGUGCCUUUCUACUGUUUAUCGGAGGAACUUGAUUUGCUGCCUCGGCAUAUGGCCCAGCUGGUGGCCCCCAGAUAGGUAUAUACAAGAUCGUACAUGAGUCCAACACAGCCGCUGCAGGUCAAUCGGUUCUAC